UUCACAAUCAAGGAUUUGGGUCCCUUGAGGUAUUUCCUGGGAAUCGAAGUGGCAAGGUCACUGAAGGGGAUAGUUCUCAAUCAACGCAUGUAUGUACUAGACAUACUCGCUAACAUUGGGUACAAAGGAACUCGACCUUGUUCCUCCUCAAUCGAGCAGAACCAUCAACUUGGAAGGGAUUCUUCUUCUCCAUUCGCUGAUCCUUAUGCAUUUUGGUGCCUUGUGGGUUGGUUUCUAUAUCUCAUUAUAACCAGACCAGACAUUACCUACCCGGUCAACCUACUCAGUCAAGCUGUGCAUGCACCUAUGCAGGCGCACCUGGAUGCCGCUCAUCACACCUUCGUUACCUGAAGCAGUCCCCCUGGACGUGGUCUUUUCCUUCGCGUGGACAGCUCAAUGGAACUCGUAGCACACUAUGACACCAACUGGGCAGGUUGUCCCCUGACACGUCGUUCUACCACAAGGUAUUUCAUUCAGCUGGGUGGUUCUCCAAUCUCAUGGCGCACGAAGAAACAGUUUAUUGUGGCACGGUCUUCAGCAGAAGCUGAGUAUCGAGCGAUGGCUAGCACUGUCAGUGAGUUAUUCUGGCUUCAUUGGCUUUUGUCAGAUUUGGGUGUUACUCAAACUCAACCUACUCGUCUAUACUGUGAUAAUCAAGCAGCACUUCACAUAGCCGCUAAUCUAGUAUUUCAUGAACGCACUAAGCAUGUGGAGAUGGACUGCUACUUUGUUCGUGAAUGGGUUCUUUCCCGUGACAUUGCAACUCUUAAGAUCGCAUCCGCAGAGUAGCUAGCGGAUCUCUUUACCAAAGGUCUCAGUGUCGAUCAGUUUAACUACCUCUUGUCCAAGCUCGGCAUGAUUGAUAUCCAUGCUCUCGCUUAAGGGGGAGUGUAGAAUGUUUCUUUGUCAAUGUAAUAGGACCAUAGGGUAAUUUUGGAGUGGUUUGUGCCCUAGUAGGAUUGUCAAUAUCCCAUGUUCUUUCCUUUACUUGGCUGACAAGGAAAGGUCUUGGCUGCUGUCUUCCUUUUGUAUAAAUAGCAAGCUAGACUUUCUAAGUCAGUUGUCAAUCAUCAAUAAUAAGCCAUAGUCGAGAGUUCUUUCAAACUCUCUGUGGAUUAGUCAUGUUCACAUCGAACAGGGAUACCACGUAAUAUUCUCGGUGUUGUGUGAUUGUUUUCUAUUACGUGUAACACUGUGAGUAGUCACGAAGUACUUGCUGAGGUUUUCACUGCGUGAAGUUGUGCGAGCUUUUGGCAAUGGUGGUCGACGUUUGUGUUUAUGCUUAACGGGGGAAUUUAAUAACAGGUAGUGGAGAAUUUACACAAGGAGAGGUGAGGCCCUAAGGAUGGAGUCGGGAGCAUUAUAAUCUCCCCAACUAGGGACUUGGCAGGUCAGCUAUUCGAAGUUUUGAAAAUUUCUUGGGAAUUUUCACAACUUCAGUGUUGGGUUGUUGAUUGGUGGCCGGAAGGAUGUUAAGAUGGAGAAGGAGCGUGUUAAUGAGCUGAACAUACUUGUUUGUACCCCUGGUCGGCUUGUUCAGACAUGGACGAGACGCCCAACUUCGAGUGUUCUCAACUUCAUGUCAGUUCACUGCACUUGGUUAAGGAGUGGAAUUUUUUAGAAAAUUUUGAUGGCACGAUGGAUGGUUGCAUCAUUUUUAAGUUUACUGUACAAUUAGCUUCCCAAUCCCUGCUCCUUCAUAGGAGAUUCAGUUUUCACAUGAUCAAUGUGAUGCUUAUUAAGUAUAUUCUUACUGGGUUUCUACUAUGUUAAGUUGGAUGAAUAGUGCUGGUGCAAUUCUUUUUGUUUGGUUAUUACUUCAGUAUUAAGUGUUGUCUACCAAUCAAAGUUUUGCAUGUAGCAUUUACUGUUUACUGUGUGCUUAGUGUUGUUGAGUGUUCUUGUUGAUAGAUCAUGUCAUGUUUAGUUGAUUUGAGUAUAAUUAUCCUGGUUUGGGAAAUAGAUUUUGGUCUUGGACGAGGCAGAUUGUAUUCUCGACGUGGUUUCAAGAAAUCUUUGAACGCGAUUGUUUCACAGCUUCUUAAGCAUAGGCAAACUUUGCUUUUCUCUGCUACGCAAACAAAGUUUGUACAUGAUAUUACAAGGCUCAGUUUGAAGGACCCAGAGUACAUUAGUGUUCAUGAGAAGGCCGAGAUUGCUACUCCUAGUUGUUUGCAGCAGGCAGCUAUGAUUGUUCCUCUGCACCAAAAGUUGGAUAUGUUAUGGAUUUUGUUAAGGCACAUCUUAACUCCAAAAUACUCGUGUUUCUUUCUACCUGUAAACAGGUAUAGUUUUAGACUCUGCUAUGUUUUUGGCCUAUAGACACGCAUCAUAUAAUUGGAGUAUUUUUUUCCUCCACUGCCUGAAAGUUUGUCCUGCCGUUGAUAAUUUCCUUGAUUUUAGGUGAUUUUUUUUGUUGUUGAAGCAUUUAAGAAGUGGAGGCCCGGAAUUUCGCUAAAAUGCCUUCACGGGAGGAUGAAGCAGGAGAGAAGGAUAAAUAUUUAUUCCCAAUUAUGUGAACAACGUUUUGUUCUCGUUUCCACUGAUGUGGCUGCUAGAGGUCUUGACUUCAACAAAGUAGUUGACUGGGUUGUCCAAGUGAGGUAGAUUUGAGAUCUCUGACAAUAAUAGUGCUUUUAUCUCAGAAGAUUUUACAUUGUUUUUCAGGUAGAUUGUCCAGAAGAUGUUGCAUCCUAUAUACACAGACUUGGUCUGUCAGGAGGGAGAUUUGUUAUGUUUUUUUAUGCCAACAGAAAUGAAAAUGCUUGAGAAGU